CCCCCCUAUUAUGAAUUUCCAUACGAUAAACGAUAAACGCUUGCAAGCGUAUCGUAUGAAAUCAGUAUUGGUAUUGUCGUUUUCAUACGCCCGAUAGAUGCACUAUUGUGAAUGACCGUGGUUUUUGUUUACUUUAUUUUGUGAAAUUGAGAGUGAGCAAUAAAAUAAAAAUUAAAGGACAUGUUUUCUACAACAUCAAUUGCGUUUUUUAUAAAUUUAAAUGAAGGAUAUAAUGAGACUCGCAUAGAGGCUAUCGAAAGAAGAAAUUUAAGAGAUGCUUCGAAUCCUCUGGAAAUGAAUUCUAUAUUUUUUCAGAGGAAUUUUCGACUUUCCAAAGAAGCAGUUAUUUAUAUCCUGAAUGAAGUAGAAAACAAAUUGCGUGUACGGAAAAAUAAGUCAUCCAUACCAAAUAUAAUAAAGGUAUGCGCAACUCUAAGAUUUCUGGCCCAGGGAUCAUACCAACAGAGUGUGGGUAAUGAGGCGUUACUUGGCUUAGCUCAACCUACUGUUUCCAUUGUAUUGAAAGAAACAUUGAGUGCUUUGCAAACCACUCUAUGUAGUAAGUGGAUUAGCUCCAAGUAUACUGAGGAAGAAAAGAGAAGAGCAAAAUCUAGCUUCUUUGCAUCAAGUGGUAUUCCCGGAGUAAUUGGAUGCAUUGACGGGACCCACAUUAAGAUUGUGGCACCAGAAAAAAGUUUGCAGCAUUUGUAUUACUGUCGAAAGGGGUAUUUUAGCAUAAAUGCAAUGCUAACCUGUGAUGAUUUAAUGAACAUAAAAUACAUCAAUGCCAAGCACCCCGGCGCUACACACGACUCCAUGGUUUUUCAAAUGUCGGGAUUAAAAAGACAAUUGGAGUCAAUGUAUAACCGUGGUGAAUCUAACACCUGGUUAUUAGGUGACGCUGGAUAUGCCUUAGCGCCUUAUUUGCUAACACCUUACAGGAAUCCUGAAGAAGGUUCAGUAGAAAGUUUAUAUAACUCGCGGCACUCUAAAGCAAGGAAUAUUAUUGAAAGGACGAUUGGGGUUUUAAAGAGUCGGUUUCGCUGUUUGCUAAGUGCUCGCGCACUUCACUACACUCCUGCAAAAGCCACUUUGAUCAUAAAUGUUUGUGCAGCUUUACAUAAUAUUUGCAAUCAUUACUAUGUACCAUACGACGAAGAGGAUAUUGCAGAUGUGCAAAAUGAGAAUUCGGAAAUUGCAAUAGAAACUUCUGAAAAUGACUCUACUCCUAUGCGACAAGCUGCAGAAGAAAUCAGAAGAAAUGUACUGUCUUGUUUGCAUUGAUUUUUACUAUAUUUCUUUAGGUUUUUAUCAAAAAAUAAUAAAGCUUCUUGC